UGUUCAUCUGUGCUGCAGCAACGUGCAUCAAUUCCUCUUUGACCCCAGAGUUAAUCUGCAUUCAGAUUUAGAUUGACGCUCCAAUAUAUUUCUCAGUUGCUGGAUUUUAGGCUAUUCCGUUGCUGCUGUAUUUAUGUAGUUGUUACUGUUAUUUCUUAGUCGGGGAAGCUUGAUUAGAUUCAAUCGGUUUUGUGGCCGUUUUGUUCAACACCGCAGAGGGUGUACAUUUUCCGAACCGAACGCUAACACAAACCGUUUAUCCUAUGCUUAUGUGCGUGAUGUACCACAGUGAGGAUAGACAGUAGUCCAUAUGCAAUAAAGACGGAAAGAAGAUGGUGAUCAUUGCUCCUCCAAAUUUAGCAUCUAAAUGCUCGAAAGCGAUGGCGAAGCCUUCCUUCUCUCUAAAGCUAUUUCUUUGGGUGUUUUUACUGGCUAAUCUUCCUACAAGCUCCCUCCAGACGGAAAAUGACGAUGAUGUGACAAACAAAACGUGGGUGUUGACUCCCAAAGUGUACGAGAGCGAUGUCACCAACAUCCUAAACAGCCUACUAGAUGGCUACGAUAACAAACUGCGACCAGAUAUAGGAGUAAAGCCAACCGUGAUUCAAACUGACAUGUUUGUCAACAGUAUUGGCCCAGUGAAUGCUAUCAAUAUGGAGUACACCAUCGACAUAUUUUUUGCCCAGACGUGGUAUGACCGGAGGUUAAAGUUCAACAGUACCAUGAAGGUCUUGCGUCUCAACAGCAACAUGGUGGGCAAGAUCUGGAUCCCUGACACCUUCUUCCGCAACUCCAAGAAGGCCGACGCCCACUGGAUCACCACACCCAAUCGUAUGCUCCGGAUCUGGAACGACGGACGUAUACUCUACACAUUGCGGUUGACUAUUGAUGCCGAGUGCCAGCUUAAACUGAACAACUUCCCAAUGGAUGAGCACUCUUGUCCACUGGAGUUUUCAAGCUAUGGCUACCCCAGAGAGGAGAUAGUGUACAAGUGGAAGAGGAGCUCCGUGGAGGUGGGAGACAUCCGCUCCUGGAGGCUCUACCAGUUCUCCUUCGUUGGCCUGAGGAAUACCAGCGAGAUCGUCAGGACUGUGUCAGGAGAUUACGUUGUGCUGACAGUCUUCUUCGACUUGAGCAGAAGGAUGGGUUACUUCACCAUUCAGACCUACAUCCCCUGCACUCUCAUUGUUGUCCUCUCCUGGGUCUCCUUCUGGAUCAACAAGGAUGCUGUGCCUGCUAGAACAUCCUUAGGCAUCACCACUGUGCUGACCAUGACUACACUGAGUACCAUAGCCAGGAAGUCGCUGCCUAAGGUGUCCUACGUGACGGCCAUGGACCUCUUUGUUUCCGUAUGCUUCAUCUUCGUCUUUGCCGCGCUGAUAGAAUACGGAACACUGCACUACUUUGUAAGCAACAGGAAGCCAAGCACAAAAAAGGACAAGAAGAAAAAAAACCCGCUCCUCCGGCUCUUUUCCUCAAAGCAGACCCCUACGGUGGACAUACGCCCUCGCUCAGCCACCGCCAUCCAGAUGAACAACGCCACCCAUAUGCAGGAGCGGGAUGAGGAGUAUGGCUACGAGUGCCUGGACGGCAAGGACUGCACCAGCUUCUUCUGCUGUUUCGAGGACUGCCGCUCCGGGGCCUGGCGGCAUGGGCGGUUGCACAUCCGUGUCGCCAAGAUAGACUCGUACGCUCGCAUCGGUUUCCCCACCGCUUUCGGUCUCUUUAACCUGGUUUACUGGAUCUCCUAUCUCUAUCUCUAGAUCCAGCGUGUAGCCAGACUUAGAAUAUAUGUUCUGCUCCAACAAGACCAUUUUUAAGAAGGGACCCACUGAAAUGUUUUCCUUUUAUUUUUGUUUCUCUUUUAUUUCGUUGUUUGAUCAUUCAUAUUUUUUAAAGCAAAAGUUGUAGCAAACCCAUUAGGCAUGCAGGGAUGUGGAGUCUGAUAGUGGAACAUCGACUGUGCUUUGUGUAAGCAAGAACCUAAGCUCACCAUAGUGAUUCUGCAUGACUAUGUUUCCCAGAUUCCCCUUGGUCAGGUAUUGGUUUAUGUAGAAGUUAUUCAAUAUCAAGGCCGCUUCAAUGUUUUAUUUGUAACUGCCCUUAGUCAGCAUAUUAGAUCACAGUGAAAAGGGCAGAUUCCUGUUUUUUUGUAUUAACAAGUUACGCAUGCGCUACAGAAGACAAAUGUCAGAUAUGACGUCAGCUUAUUUUCCCAUGUUUUUAUUUAUUGCUAUAUUCAUCCGUCCAAAAUACAAAAAGCACUUUAAUAGUUAUAUAGGUUGAACAGUAAGUAUGAUUUUACAUUUUACUUUGAUAUGUUUCUUUUAGCUAACAGUUAAACAUUACUUUAGCAGUGUUAAACAUUACUUUAGCAGUGUUAAACAUUACUUUAGCAGUGUUGAACAUGACUUUAGCAGUAUUGAACAUGACUUUUUUUCAUGUGUGGUCAGAGCGCUAGAAAAGACUGUUUAUGGUCGACUGUACAGACACUGUGUAUAUAUGUUAUUAUGUAGUGGUUUACAUUUAUUGCAUGCACCUUUCAGGCCAAAAUUCAACACGUUUUAAGGUAUUCUAUUGUUGGCUAUGGAUGCAAAAAAAGAACACGGCUGAUUAUUCAUCAUUUUUUUAGGAAAAGUAGAAAAUGAGACAAAAAUACUUUCAGAUGUUGACUUCUAAGUUCAUGUUCAUCUCCACCAAUAUGUAUUAAGACAGGAUCAAUACAGACCUUACAGGAAAAAUGUUAUAUAAACUUUUAUGAACUUGUAGUGUUCUGAGGACCUAAUCUUCCUUUUCAAACACUUUGCUAUUUCUGGCAAUCUUCUUCAAUUGACACAGGUGUGGCUGUGCUGGCUCCUAUGGGAAGUGUGUAGAUAAAAAAUAGGCAUCAAAAACAUCCCAAAAAUAUUCUGCUCCUUUUUCUCCCCGACAACCACUUGGUGGACGUGAGUAUUACACAAACACAGCAAGCAGUGUUUUACUUCAUUCGGCUGGCACGUUGAGUGUCUACACUGGAAGCGGCAGUAGUUCUGAAUGCCUACACCCAUCAAAAUGCCCAAACUCUCAGUGACAGAAAACACACUCUCAUUUGCCAUAAGACUGAACAGCAUUGCUUAGUCACUGCAUUAAAACAGAUCCAUCUGUCUCAAUGGGUGGUUUAGGGGGACUUAAGGCACAAAAACUAACAAUUUAACUGGAGGAAUAUUGCUGAACUUGACAGCUCCGUGGAGAAGAAAGCAUCUGCUUGUGACCAGACCAGAUGCAUAAGCCUUACUCUCUUUGAAGAGACACACUGUGGAAAUUACAAUGAUCUGACACUGAAAACGUAUUGAUCUGGGAGAAGUUCAGGAAUUCAUUUUGUUUUGUUGUUGUUUUUUCCAGUGUUUAUAAUGUGUCAGUACAACAUUACUCAUGUACUGUAUAGUGUAGCACAUUGUGAACGUCAACAUAAGUACUCAAACUGCUUUGAGUACUAAUGUGCUUCACAUCAUACGGUACAGAGGUCUUACAAUGCAACUUGAGGGAUAUUUAUAUAUCCAAAUCAUAGCCAAACGUUUCCAAACGAGUACCUUAGGUAAAGGCAGCCCGAGGAUGUUAAAGAGCAGUGCUUGAAUCGAAAUCAAUAAGUCAUUAUGCAUAUUGUAAGUAACAUGAUAUUAUGUACAUAGUAGAUCACAAAAGGAAACCAACACUUAACAAACCCUUACAUUUUUGAAUGGGGCACUUAUUGGUUUGUUGUCUUUCCUUCAUUUAACCCCUUUCAUUUAUAUCAUUACAUUAUGCUUGAACCUGUGGGAUAUUGUGGGGUAUUUUUCAAGGAAAUUGUAUUUCCCUAUUUAGAUGGCCCUUAACGAAACAGAGAUGGAGAAUGUCAUUUGUCAACAACGAGACACACUUUCGUUCUAUGUAGAAAUUCAUUUAUCGUGUUGUAGUAUUAUUUUCCAUGUUGUGGUCUACAUAGGCUUUAAAGACCAGUUAUAGUCUGUUCAUUGAAUGUUAUGGCUAAAAAGGUAGGUGGCAAAGUUACUUAUUAACCAGCCUCAAUUGAAAAUAUAUUUUCAGACAUUUUACUGUGAUGUUAGCUACUUCCUGAGGUACUGAACAGAUGUGCUACUCUAGAGUGAUCUUCAGAGUUUCUGUAUUAACUGUACUACCCAUAGUUAGUUGAAUGAAGUGGAAACUGAAGCGCUUUCAUUCACUAGUGGUCCUAUAUAUUGUACCUGUUGCGAAGCUAUCACUCAGUACCAGGGUGUGUCUUAAGCAUGUAUGUUGUUUUUUGCACUUCUUGAAAAGAAAGGAAUUGAUUUUUUGGGCCACUUGAUAGUUUACUUAAAGGUCCAAUGCAGCCUUUUUCUGAGUAACAAUUAAGUACCUUACUGUGAUAGUUUUUUCAAAAAUUAACAAAAAUAGCUUCUUAGCGAAGAGCAAUUUCUCAAGCAAGAAUUUUGCUAGGACCUUCUGGGAGUGGUCUGAAAACUAUCUGUGAAUGGCAGAGAGGUUUGGAACUCUCUUAUUUACAUUUUAGUAAUUUAGGAGACGCUCUUAUCCAGAGCAACUUACAGGAGCAAUUAGGGUUAAUUGCCUUGCUCAAGUGCACAUCGACAGAUUUUUCAUUUAGUCAGCUCAGGGAUUCGAAUCAGCAAGCUUUUGGUUGCUGGCACAACGCUCUUAACUGCUAGGCUACCUGAUGUCACCAGGCAGGCCAAAACUGAAAUUUCAGGUGGUAUUUUCAAACAGCUCUUACACUAAAAGGGCAUUAUCAUAAUUUUCUCAAUUUCACAGUAUUAUUCCAACCUCAUAGUCUGAAAAUGUAUUUUUUUAAAAACGUUUUAGACUGCACUGGGCCUUUAAUGUGUAGUGUUUACUUCUUUUAAAAUGUAAAGGAAUGGAAGGUUAUGGAAGAACAACUAAGUGCCAAACUUUGACACAAAUGUGAUAUAUCCUUUCAGAAACCCAUAGUAUCCAAGGAUCUCUAAAUUUAAAUGAACUGUUUUGCUGCACUGGAGUUUUUGGAAAUAAUAUGUGAACAAGAGAAACACGUUUUGUGUUCUUAGAGAAAAUAUAUUUAACACAAUUUUUAUAUAAUUUACUAUUAACACAUACAGCAUGAAAAUAUGACAAAAAUUUGACUUUUAUUUGCAUAUCUUUAACAUUUUCUCAUGGUCUAUUGCAUAUGAACAAAUAUCAAGGCACAAGGACUAAACCAUGAGUUAGCUUUAUCUAAAUGUCUCCUUCUUUCAGCACACUUUCAUAAAUUCAAGUUUCACCUAUGAAAAGAGAAUGAGUUAGCAUAAGGCAUCAUGUUUUCUUCGUUUGUAUGAAGGACUGAGUGCAGUCAGAAAGUAGAGAUGUUUUAAACUGAGGAAGUAGUUACUGAGGUAUCAAGCCAGAGUGGAAGAACUGUAUUUGGUUUAUAAAUACCCAACGACCCACCAGUCUUUCGAGCUUGAGAGGUCAUGUUAUUGAACGGGGAUGGCAUACAAAAUCUGAUUAUUUCUAUCAACUAUUUAAAUGUUACUUUACUAUAACCACAAAAAAACAUUAAAUUGUAUUUUUGUGAUUUCUUUAUUUUCUUGUGCUAGUUUACAGUAUCGUACAUACAGUUGUAUAAACUGUUGAAGGUUUUGGAAGUCUGCUGGUACUUGCAAAGAUAUCAUAAAAUAUACAGUAUUUGCAUAAAAUAUAUAGGUCAAUCACAAAGAUUAAUAUAUUUCUGACAUUGAAGUAAUGUGGUAUUACUCAGCUUAAUUUGGCCCCAUGCCUUGCCUCCAUCUAUUCGACCAUCACAUUUAUGUUAGAUGAAGACUGAGCAUUCAACGAUCAAGGAAGACAGAGUUAUUUUAUUUUGGGCAAACUAUAAAUAAGACCCAUGUGAAGAUCACAUGUAAAUAAUUUAUAUUGUUAUAUAUUUUGUCAGACUGGGAAAAACAAUUAUAUAUACCACACCAUCAUUGCUGUAUUGGGUACCUGGGUUCCAAAUACAAAAUAAAUAUAUUAUAAAUUCCGUUGAUAUGUUAGUUGUUUGCCAUCUCUGUAUAUUUCUUGAGGACAUUGAUGAAUUAUUCUUGGGGUCUGCAUAAUACACUAAAUGUACUGAAAAUAUCCUUUUCAUAAGGGAAUUGCACACAGCUGUGGAAUUUUAUAAUAAAAUGAUUGCAUUUAU